CUUCCAUGGAUAAGUGGGCGUGUUUCUACUAGAGUAGAGCAACAAAAACAACAUAUCCAGGAUGCCUUCAGCAACUGUGACAGUACGAGAGUUAAAGAACAAAGAUACCCGAGUAGACAUUACAGUGCCUACUUAUAAAGAAACCAAAGGAUUGCUUCAGUCAACCUUUGAGUUCCAUGUGGUCAUUGUGUCUUCCUUACCAUUCUUCAAGUCUGCUAAACAUAAACCAACUGAUGUUGUCCAGUAUAUGGUGUCUAAGAAAUUUGCUGAGUUUGAAGAUCUACACUCCAAAUUAAGUGCUAAAUUUUCAGGAACUGUCUUACCUCCCUUAUCAAAGAAAACCCUCCUUGUCAAUGCUGCUGUGACCAAAGAAAGACGUGGGAAUCUUGACUCUUUCCUGAAGUUUGUGGCUUGUACUCCAAAACUAUGUACUUCUUCAGUCUUACUGGAAUUCUUAGGUGUAAAUGGAAUCAAAGCAGGAAAGUACAGAAAGGAUGAAGAGCUUGAAGAAGACCCAGGCAACAGUAAGAGUUCAGAAGAUCAAGAUGAUUCAAGCUUGCAGGAUGCACCGGACACAGAACAAAGUUUAUUUGAUGAUGAUGAUGAUGAGGAGAAUACAGAUAAGUUUUUCUCCAAAGAGGAAGAUGCUGUCGGAGAAGAUAUCGAAAUUGGAGAUGACUAUAGAAACAGAUUUGAAGGAGAUACCAAGCUUUUUGAAGACCAAGAUUUAACUGGAGCUUUUACAGAGGAUGAUGCUAAUGACUUUGUCCUUCCUGAUGCAAAGAACCCUAAAACCAAAGAAGAUUUAAGUAUGUUUACAGAUGAUGAUAACUCUGACCUUUUCCAGAUUGAUGAUGAUUUGGAUAAGUUUUUAAAUAUUGAAACCAAAAAGCCUGAAACCAAACCAAAACCAUCUCCGCAUCCUCCACCGGAAAAGUCUGAGAAGCCAGAAAUUUCCCCACAGAAACCACCUGUCUCCCAAAAGAAACCGACAAUUUCAACACAAAAACCAACACCAGCAACACGGAAACCAAAGAGUUCUGCAAAUCCUUCCGAGUGUCAAGCUGUGAAGCCAUCAAUAAAACCUAAGCCUGGAUUGUCACCUAAACCAGUAUUACCAAAGAAACCAGCAAGUUCUGAGGUCAAACCAAUCCUACCGAAUCAAUCAGCUACUACUGAAAAACCAGAAAAACAAACAGUUGAAAACCUCGAUACAGAUGAUAUCAUGCAGUACAUUCAAGAAAAUGUCACACAAGAUGAUGAGCUAGACUUGUUCUCAUGAAACAAGGGAGAUAACUUUGGUGGUACUACAAUAAUUUUAUGUAGAACAUUUUGUAUCAAUUUACUGUGCUUUUGGAUAUGAGAAUCAUAUGACACUGUACAAUAAUCCUGUGGCAUUCUGUUCAAUUACAACAUUUUGGUGUUAGUUGAGUCCGAACAAAAUUCAAAGAGUAAAUAUUUUUAAAUAUUCUUUUACAUGAGAAUCAGGUGACAUUAUUUUGGCACUGAGAAAAUCUUUAUAACUUAUAUAAAUAUUUUAUUGCCAUUUUCAAUGCAGCAUUGCCAACCUCUUGUCAUAUGAUUUCUGGU